AUGACAACAGCGGCGGCAGUGGAAUCUGCUGCCGACUUUUACUCCAAGUUCAAUACACCGGCGGCUGGAUGGGUGGCCAUAAUCAUCUGUUCUGUGUGCUUCGGCACAAAUCUUAUACCCGUCAAGAAAUUCGACAUGGGUGAUGGAGCGGCUUUUCAAUGGCUCAUGUGCACCGGUAUUCUGCUGGUCGGCAUCAUUGUAGUGCCGCAAUUUUAUCCCCUGGCAAUGGUUGGUGGGGCUUUGUGGGCCACAGGAAAUUCCCUGACGGUGAUCAUCAUCGAGGCGAUUGGACUGAGCCUUGGCAUCCUCAUUUGGUCGAUUGCCAACAUGCUGUUCGGUUUUACUACGAGCAGGUACGAAUUUGGCGUUUUCGGAAUCCCUCCCAAAAUCCCCUCAAAGCCAUCUAUGAACUACGUCGGCGUGGCUAUCGCAGAUGCUGAAAGCGGAGCGGUCGAAUCCAACGAAGCACCGCAACACCAACGACAGGGGAAAUGCUGUGGCCUUGGACUGGUGCCAAUAAGCCAAAUGCCGUCCGGUGUUAGAAGAGCUUUAGGAAUCAUCCUCGCCGUGAUUGCAGGAUCGUUCUAUGGCAACACAUUUGUUCCCACAAUCUACAUUCAAAAAUGCGUUGAAGGAGCUAGCCAAGCAGGCCUCGAUUACGUCUUUGCUAACUUUGUCGGGAUCUGGCUUGCCUCGACAGUAAUCUUCAUCAUCUACGGUCUGGGCAAGAGGAACAAGCCGUGGCUCCCAGCCAAGGAGGCCAUCCUGCCUGCCCUGUCCAGCGGAGUGCUCUGGGGUCUGGCCCAGUCGGCAUGGUUUAUCGCCAACGCUGCCCUGGGUGAACCCAUCACCUUCCCCGUCGUCACAACUUGCCCAGCUGUCAUCGCUACUCUUGUUGGAGUUCUGGUUUUCAGAGAAAUACGGGGCAAGAGAAAUUACAUCAUUCUGUCCGUGGCUAUCUGCGUCACAAUCACCGGGGUCAUCAUCAACGCUCUUUCGCUCUAA